AUGGCUUACAAGAACGUUGUUAUUGUUGGUGCCAGUGGUAGUGUCGGCAAAAUUAUCCUCCAAGGAUUAAUCACUGCCGGCGGAUACAACAUCACUGUCAUCUCCCGCCAAGACAGCCCUGCUACUUUCCCGCCUAAUGUAGCCGUUCACAAGUCAGAUUUUACCGCAUCUGAUCUCCAAUCUGCUUUCAAGGGCCAGGAUGCCGUCAUCUCUGCUCUGGGAGCUGCUGGGUUUGGCGAGCAGAAGAAACUCGUUGACGCCGCUAUCAACGCCGGAGUCAAGCGUUUCUUGCCCUCUGAGUUUUCGUCGAGUAGCCAGGAUGCUGCUGUUCUUCAGCUGCUGCCGCUCUUUGGCCAGAAAUCGGAAUUGAUCGAGUACUUGAAGACCAAGCAAUCAGCUACAUUCUCUUGGACGGGGAUUGCUACUUCGCUGUUGUUCGACUGGGGUCUGCGAACUGGGUUUCUCGAGUACGAUAUCGCCAACAAGACUGCUACCAUCUGGGACGGUGGGAACAAAACGUUUACCAUGACAAACGAGAAAGACCUUGGAAAAGCCGUUGCGGCAGUGCUGCAGAGACCCGAGGAGACUGCCAACAGAUAUCUCUUUGUCUCGUCCGUCGAAACCACCCAAAAUGAGAUUUUGGCUGCUUUGGAGAAUGCCACUGGUGCGAAAUGGACCGUCAACAACACAACGACCGAAGAGCAAAUUCAUGCUGCUGUCCAAAAGCUGGGUGCUGGCGACUUCAGUGGUGCCUAUGCUUUGGUUCGAGCAACCGCUUACGGCUGCACGCCUGGUUUGAAGUCGAACUAUGUCACAGAUGAGGUUCUGUCCAAUAAACUGCUGGGAUUGGAGCUUGCGAGCGUGGCCGAGACUGUCAAUCUUGUCACACAGCUAGACGAAUGA